CAGUGAAGAGAGACCGGCUCGAUCAGGAUCUCGUAUUUUUUCUUAUGGCAUGCUUGUUAUUCUGUUUGGCCUAAGUAAUAUGUUUUAAUUUUUUUAAUCUCUUUAAAUCUUGAUAGUUUAAAUAAAGAAUUUAAUUAGUAUGUAAUGUUCAUUUGUAUUUAUGGUGUGCAACAAAAUAAUUGGAGAAAAAUGAUUUCUGACCAACAUUACUAGUAGUUAUUAAAUUCUGAGUAAUUAUUUUUUAAUUGAACGUGAAAUAAGUAUGAAAACUAGUGAUAUAAACGGACAGGAGUGGGACGUCGAAAAAGGUUUGCCGAGAGGAGUCGCUGCAGGUCUCGGCGGAGGCGACGACGGCCACGGCGGUAGCAGCGGCAACCCGGACGCCGCCCGGAACAGCAAUAAUUGUUGCGACAAUACCGACGACGGUGUUGGCGGCAACCAGCGACUCGACGGUGGUGGUAGUGGCGACGGCGGCGGCGGCGGCGGCAACAGCAGUAGUGAAAGUACAGGUGGCAGAGUCCGCGGCAGGGCGUACGGAGCGGUGUGCGUCGCUGUAAAAGUCGUCGUCGUCGCAGCGGCGUUCAUUGUGACGUGCGCGUUCGUUUGGUACACUAUGGGCCUGCCGUUCUUGUUGCAAGUCGUCGCGGUCGCGAUCAUCGCGUACAUCGCCAGUGGCGGCUACAAAUUCGUCUACCUGGUGUACCGCACCGCUCCCAGAGACCUCAAAGCACUAUGUCGUUAUUACUACUUUUUGUACACUGCAAAAAAAUUGAGUAAGAAAAACUGGACUGUCGCAGAUGUAUUCAAACACAAAGUUGUAAAGAAUACUCCGUUUAAAGUGUUGUUCGUAUUCGAAGACAAAGAAUGGACUGCACUGCAGAUUGAAGAAUACAGUAACAAAGUGGCCAACGCCAUGUUAGAGAAAGGUUUCAAGAAGGGCGAUGUGAUCGGACUACUGAUGGAAAACCGACCUGAGUUCGUGGGCAUUUGGUUGGGCAUGUCCAAAGUGGGCAUUGUAACCGCGCUAAUCAAUUACAAUCAGAGGCUAGUGUCGUUAAUUCAUUCCAUCAAAGUGGCCAACUGUGCUGGUUUGAUUUACGGAGCCGAAUUGUCAUCGGACAUCGAAGAUAUAAAAAAUGAUCUGGACAACGAUAUGAAAUUGUUUAAAUGGUCUAGCACUCCGCCGCCCACUAAUGACGAUACUUACUUGAACCACAUUCUGGACAAAGCAUCGCCGUCCACACCCAAUCCACCAGAAAAACCCGGUUACAACGACAAAUUGCUUUAUAUUUACACAUCUGGUACUACAGGUUUUCCGAAAGCAGCCAUCAUUACCAACGUCAGAUAUAUUUUCAUCGCUGGUGCUUAUGCGUAUCAAGUGGGCCUCAAAUAUAGCGAUCGGUUUUACACGCCUUUGCCGUUGUACCACACCGCCGCCGGCAUAAUGUGCAUCGGCCAAUCACUACUUUACGGUUGUACCACGGUUAUACGGAAAAAGUUUUCUGCUUCCGGAUACUUCCAAGAUAUUUCUAAAUUUAAUUGCACCGCGGGUCAGUACAUCGGUGAAAUGUGUCGUUACAUUUUAGCCACUCCGCCCAAAGCUGAUGAUACUAACCACAAGUUGAGAAUCAUAUUUGGAAACGGACUGAAACCUCAGAUAUGGAAAGAAUUCGUGUCCAGAUUCAACGUACCACGGGUUGCAGAGUUUUAUGGAUCAACAGAAGGAAAUGCAAAUAUCGCAAAUACGGACAACACGUUCGGAGCUAUCGGUUUCGUGUCUAGACUGAUACCCAGCAUAUACCCUAUAUCGAUUAUACGGGUAAACCCAGAGACAUGCGAACCCAUCCGAAACGCUGAGGGACUUUGCACUCGAUGCAACCCAGGUGAGCCGGGUGUAAUUGUCGGAAAAAUUAUCGCAACCAACCCGUCCAGACAGUUCUUGGGCUACGUCAACAACGAAGAAUCGGCGAAAAAAGUUGUGCGAGACGUGUUUGAUAAAGGAGACGCCGCCUUCCUGUCUGGCGAUUUGCUCGUGGCUGACGAAUGGGGCUACCUUUACUUCAAAGACAGAACCGGAGAUACAUUCAGAUGGAAAGGUGAAAAUGUUUCUACAGCUGAAGUUGAAGGAGUUGUUAGUAAUAUUGCUGGUUAUCGUGAUUGUGUUGUCUAUGGAGUGGAAGUGCCUAAUUCUGAAGGACGUGCUGGUAUGGCUGCUAUUGUAGACAAAGAUAAUACUUUAGAUGUAUCUACUUUAUCAGCUGGAUUACAAAAAGCUCUGCCAAAUUACGCACGGCCAUUGUUCAUAAGAAAACUCAAUGAAGUUGAAAUGACUGGUACAUAUAAAUUGAAAAAAUUAGACUUACAAAGAGAUGGAUAUGAUAUUACACGGGUUAAGGAUCAACUUUAUUUCUACAAUAACAAGGGUAUUUACCAAGAAUUGACUAGUGAAACUUAUUCAGAUAUUUUGUCAGGAAAAAUAAGAUUGUAAAAAAACAGUAGGAUUAGUAGAUAAAUAUCGGUAGUUUUUUUAUUAAAAAUAACACAUUUAUUAUAUGUCAUUAUCUUGCCAGUAAAUUUAUCUUAUUAAAUAAUAGC